AUAGAUUUUAUUAUGCACAUUGUGAUGCCACUUCGAGGAACAAUUUGGUGCGCUCUGCGGAAAUUGUAAAAUUCGAUCAAUCAAUCUCUCUGGAAGACGCCGUGAGAAGGAGAACCAACCAAUCGAAGCUCCACAGGUUCGCCCAUUCCCCAAAGUCGUCGCCUUGUUUUUGUCUCUGCGAUCUUCCAUCUCUUUUCAGCAUCCACCAGGAAGAACAGGACGGCUGCGGCGCUUUUCUACAGCUCUCUCUGUUCAUCCAUGAAGUGAACACUUCACUCGGCAAGCUCCGCAACGUCUAGCUGAAUCCGAAGCUAUGGAAUUAGCUCAGCUAGAGGCUUUGUGUGAAAGGCUUUACACCUCUCGAGACUCAGUGGAGCGAGCCCACGCUGAAAACACUCUUAAAUGCUUCUCCAUGAACACUGAUUACAUUUCUCAAUGUCAAUACAUUCUCGACCAUGCAUUAACUCCUUAUGCACUCAUGCUUGCGAGUUCAAGUUUGUUGAAGCAAGUCACCGAUCAUACUCUUGCUCUGCAACUCCGUUUAGAUAUCCGAGGCUAUCUUAUAAACUACUUGGCCACCAGAGGGCCUGAUUUGCAGCCUUUUGUCAGUGCAUCUUUAAUCCAGCUACUAUGCCGACUCACAAAGUUUGGUUGGUUUGAUGAUGACCGAUUUCGAGACAUUGUUAAAGAAUCUACGAACUUCCUAGGACAGGCAACAUCAGAACACUAUGCCAUUGGUUUGAAGAUAUUGAACCAACUUGUAUCUGAGAUGAAUCAGCCUAAUCAAGGAUUCCCUUCAACAAAUCAUCGGAGAGUGGCUUGUUCCUUCAGGGACCAAGCGUUGUUCCAAAUCUUCCAAAUAUCUUUAACAUCCUUGGGUCAGUUGAAGAAUGAUGUAGCUGGUCGUUUGCAAGAAUUAGCACUUUCUCUAUCCCUAAAGUGUUUAUGUUUUGAUUUUGUUGGAACCUCUAUUGAUGAAAGCUCAGAAGAGUUCGGUACUGUUCAGAUUCCAUCUUCUUGGAAGCCAGUUCUGGAGGAUCCUUCAACUCUACAAAUAUUUUUUGAUUACUACACCAUCACAAAAUCGCCUCUUUCCAAAGAGGCACUGGAAUGCUUGGUGCGGCUAGCUUCUGUAAGACGUUCUUUGUUUACAAACGACGCUGCUCGUUCUAAAUUUUUGGCCCAUCUCAUGACAGGAACUAAAGAAAUCCUACAAUCUGGGCAAGGUCUGGUUGAUCAUGAUAAUUACCAUGAGUAUUGCCGUCUUCUUGGACGCUUUAGAGUUAAUUACCAGCUGUCUGAGCUUGUGAAUGUGGAGGGCUAUAGUGAUUGGAUACGUUUAGUUGCAGAGUUCACUUUGAAGUCCUUGCAUUCUUGGCAGUGGGCUAGCAGCAGUGUCUACUAUCUCUUAGGGCUAUGGUCCAGAUUGGUAACCUCUGUUCCAUAUUUGAAAGGCGAUGCUCCUAGUUUAUUGGAUGAAUUUGUGCCUAAAAUUACUGAAGGUUUCAUCACAUCAAGGUUGAACUCUGUGCAGUCUGGAUUACAGGAUGAUCUUUCUGAGAAUCCAUUAGACAACGUUGAAGUCUUACAGGAUCAACUGGAUUGCUUUCCAUACCUCUGCAGAUUCCAGUAUGAAACCAGUAGUUUGUGCAUCAUAAAUAUAAUGGAGCCUAUUUUGCGAACAUACACGGAAAGAGCUGGGCUGCAAGCUAGUGAUAACAGUGAACUCUCUGUUAUUGAAGCCAAACUUGCAUGGAUUGUUCAUAUUAUAGCUGCUAUUGUUAAAAUAAAACAAUGCACUGGUUGUAGUGUGGAAUCACAGGAAGUUCUUGACGCGGAAUUGUCAGCUCGUGUGUUGCAAUUGAUAAAUGUUACUGACAAUGGUCUACAUAGUCAGAGGUACAGUGAAGCAAGCAAGCAAAGACUUGAUCGAGCUAUUCUUACCUUCUUCCAGAAUUUUCGUAAGUCUUACGUGGGUGAUCAGGCAAUGCAUUCCUCAAAGCAGUUAUAUGCGCGGUUGUCUGAACUCCUUGGACUUCAUGACCAUCUUCAACUGUUGAAUGUGAUUGUCAGCAAGAUUGCAACAAAUCUCAAGUGUUACACCGAGAGUGAGGAGGUCAUUGAUCACACCUUAAGUUUGUUUUUGGAGCUGGCAUCUGGAUACAUGACAGGGAAGCUGCUUUUGAAAUUGGAUACUGUUAAAUUCAUUGUUGCCAACCAUACGAGGGAGCAGUUUCCUUUCUUGGAAGAAUACAGAUGUUCACGCAGUAGGACGACCUUUUACUACACCAUUGGCUGGUUAAUUUUUAUGGAGGAAAGCCCUGUUAAAUUUAAAUCCUCAAUGGAACCACUGUUGCAGGUUUUUAUCAAAUUGGAAACAACUCCUGACUCAAUGUUUCGUACUGAUGCUGUAAAAUAUGCACUUAUUGGGUUAAUGAGAGAUCUCAGAGGGAUUGCUAUGGCCACAAACAGUCGCAGGACCUAUGGACUUCUAUUUGAUUGGCUAUACCCUGCGCAUAUGCUUCUCCUCUUGAAAGGCAUUUCUCAGUGGACAGAUACACCAGAGGUAACAACCCCAUUAUUGAAAUUCAUGGCUGAGUUUGUGCUAAACAAAGCGCAACGCUUGACUUUUGACUCAUCUUCUCCCAAUGGCAUACUUAUUUUCCGAGAAGUCAGCAAACUAAUUGUUGCUUAUGGAUCAAGGAUUUUAUCUUUCCCAAACCCUGCUGAUAAAUAUGCCUUCAAAUACAAGGGAAUAUGGAUUUCAUUGACUAUUUUAACAAGAGCUCUCGCUGGAAACUAUGUCAACUUUGGGGUUUUUGAACUCUAUGGCGACCCAGCACUCUCUGAUGCACUUGAUAUUGCUUUAAAGAUGACGCUGUCAAUUCCUUUAGCUCACAUAUUGGCAUUUCGAAAGCUGACACGGGCAUAUUUUGCUUUUCUGGAGGUUCUGUUCAGCAGUCAUAUUGUUUUUAUACUAAAUCUGGACACAAACACGUUUAUGCAUAUAGCUGGUUCUCUUGAAUCUGGCCUAAAAGGUCUGGACACAAAUAUCUCAUCUCAGUGUGCAUCAGCUGUUGAUAACUUGGCAGCUUUCUAUUUCAACAACAUCACUAUGGGAGAGGCUCCAUCUUCACCUGCUGCUAUUAAACUCUCUCGUCACAUUGCAGAUUGUCCUACUUUGUUUCCAGAAAUUUUAAAGACCCUUUUUGAGAUCGUUUUAUUUGAGGAUUGUAGUAACCAAUGGAGUCUUAGCAGACCAAUGUUGAGCUUGAUACUUAUAAGUGAACAGAUGUUCACCGAUUUGAAGACCCAGAUCAUGGCUUCUCAGGCAGUAGAUCAACACACGCGCCUUUCCCUCUGUUUUGAAAAACUCAUGGCAGAUGUCACUCGAAGCUUGGAUUCAAAGAACAGGGACAAGUUCACCCAAAACCUGACUGUAUUUAGGCACGAAUUUCGUAUUAAAUAGUUUCAGUUCCUUGUGAAGCAAAUUUGAUGAUGAAUUGUCUGCUCAAGACAUCCAAUCCAUUCACUUGGGGGGAAGGCAAAAAUGAUUAAAAAAAAAAAA